CCAUCAUAGACAGCAGACAUGGCUAUUCGCUACCCGAUGGCUGUUGGCCUUAACAAAGGCCACCCAGUCACCAAGAACGUGACUACUCCCAAACACAGCCGCCGACGCGGGCGUCUGACCAAACACAGCAAGUUUGUUCGGGACAUGAUCCGUGAAGUGUGCGGCUUUGCUCCGUAUGAGAGGCGUGCCAUGGAGCUGCUGAAGGUGUCAAAGGACAAGAGAGCCCUCAAGUUUAUCAAGAAGAGGAUUGGCACUCACAUUCGCGCCAAGAGAAAGAGGGAGGAGCUGAGCAACGUGCUGGCAGCAAUGAGGAAAGCUGCCGCCAAGAAGGACUAAUCUGUCACUUAAUAAAACGUUGGCUAAACUACAA